AUGAAGAGUGAUCAGAAGCAGAAGAUCUUGGACUUCAUCAAAAAGGCUGAAGAUGGGCAGCUGGUGGGGUCAAUGGCUUUAUGCGUGGACUACCUGAUGAAGGAGGGCCUUGCUUACAAGCAAGUCUUGAGAUCUCAGGCCAUCGGGGUUCACGAAGAGAACAGAGACGGUGUCAUGAUCGAUGUGGCCCACGUCAGUGAACUGAUUGCAACGUUUGAACGCAUGGGCUGGCGCGAUGAAGAAGCGAAGGCCAUGUGCAUAGAGCUCGCUGACGACGAAGCUUCUGAGCGCACGAGAGAGGCGAACCGCCAGCUAUGCAGUGCCUCUGACGGGCAGCUGGCGCCAGCAGAUGGGUUCAAGGAGAAGAUGCGGUUCGCUUCGAUCCAGGGGAGUCACACGAACCAGGCGUUCAGGAGCAUCCUGUUUGGCUGCAACCAGCGGGACGCCCGUGCAAUGCCUCAGGAGAUGCAGGCUGCGUUGGACAAGGGCUUGCAGUGGACGGUGAUCAGCAGGGCAUGUGUUUCCGAGUUCCCGAAGCUGGUCGGCCUGCUGCAGGCAUGUGGGAACGCCCUGCAGCAGGUGGCGAAGUCAGAGGACGAGCUCCAGAUGGCCCUCAAGAUAUCCAACAUUUUGAAGCGCUCUGGCACGAAGACUGUGCGUUGGGGUGACAUUCAGAGCGAAGUUUUGAGGUCGAAACCACCUUGCAGUUUGAGCUGCCCAUGGAUCUUCGCCUUCGUCCUGAAGUACGGCGGCGCAUUCCUUGAAGAAACCGAGAUGUACGUGAGAUCGCAUGGACGGCAAUCGAAGCAGCUGGGACCAGAAGUGUGGGAGGCCAUGCAGACGCAGAUGAGGGGAUCCGAUCAGCGUGUCGUUUGGCGCCACAUGUUUCUCAAGUUUGCUUACUGCUGCGCAGACAAACAGUUCUCCAUUGGCGACGCAAAGAAGGCAAUCGCCAACAAGUCAGUGCUCCAGUCGGCCACGGCUGCGGAGAAGGGGGUUUCGGAGUUCAAGGACCUUCUGGGCAGCCAUCCUGAGCGCUUGAAAAUCUUGGGAUCGUUGCAGGUGCAGCUUGUGGCAGUUGUGCUUGAAAAAAAGAAGAUGAGAGAGUAUGAAGGAGUUGGGGAAUGCCUUCAUGGGGUUGCAGUGGAUGCUGGUUUGACACCGCUUGCUUGUUGGAAACCUGCUUCUUCAGCGGGCGCCACGGCUUCAGCCACCCCUAAGGCUAAGGCUGCGGGAAAGAAAGGAGAGAUGAUGCCCGCGCGAGAGUACAACGAUGCAGGAAAGCUCACGAAUGUCAGCGCAAUUUUGACAGGCAUGGGGUUCAAGGUGGAUGCCAUGGGCUCCAGGAAGGACGAGGUAGUAGCCAAGAUCGUGGCUUUCCAGGAUUCGGAUGUUUUGCUGGAGCUCGAUGAGACUCUAGAGAAAAAGCUUGUGUCCUCCGCAUCGUUCAUCGAAGGGCAGUGGAAGCUCUACACCCCACCAAAGGCGCAGGAAGAGAUCGCAUGGUUGACCGAAGCACCACUCACUUCGAAGGAAAUGCAAAUGUCAAUGAUCAAAGCGCGGGUCAUCCAUGCCAUGUGGGAGCAACUCAACCAAAAGAAACACGACUUGGAAAGCUUUCUGGUGCUGAAGUCGCCGAAGGCUAUUCGGUCCACAAAGACAUGGGCGCAAAGCAAGCUUCUGUUGCCUUGCGCCAGCCCCAAAGUCGUUUUGCGCGCUCAUGGAACGGGAAACAUCAAUGAUUUGGUCAUUGGGAAAUGGGAUAUUUAUGAUGUGUGCAUUCCGAUGUCCACCAAGAUGCUGAAGGAGACCUCCCUGCAUGAGGGCUUCAUGAAUCCCUUUCACAUGGUUCCCCGAGUUGUUGAGGAAGAGGAAGCAAACCUUGAGGCGCAAGCGCGCAGGGCAAAUGUUUGUAUGACGUCACAGAGUGAUUGA